CAAGGAACAACGUGGACUCCCGUUUAGUGGAGAGUAUGUUGCCAUGGUAAUGAGCCAGUCGGAUGUCUUCAUCAUCUUCAUCAUAACGAGGAAUCAUCCCUUUAAGUUCAUUAUACGAAUCGAUUGGAGAGAUAAACUGAAUGUUUUAUCCUUAUCUCAUCGUACAAUCAUCUUACAAUUUUCGCCGCUCUGAGUGCCGGAAUCACAUUAAUAGGGACAAGGAUGGGAGGAACGAGUGAAGAUGAAUGUAUCUACAAAAUCAAACUUCUUCAUGUUGGCGACGCUAAUGACAGCUCGGCACCGGAAAUUAUGAUGGCACAGGAAGACGAACUGGAAGAUGAAUGUUGGGUGACAGUGGUUGUUUUGAACCGACAUCAGAAUGAGAAGAAAUGUCUUCUCGUCAGAGACGAUCAGGAGAAAUGUGAGUGGUGGUUACCUCAUGAGAAGCUGACUGUGGAUUCGACAAGUUUUGUCAAAACUGCGGAUGCGCUAUUACAGGACCUAAAGAUUCUGGCCACAUUGGAAAGCUUGUUGAAGGUCACAUUCUCGUUGGUGAAUAAACCAGACUUUCAAAGGGAGCAAAGAAAGAAAAGGGUCUUUGUUAUAAGUCUUCUGGCUUCACUUGAAAAUGCAGAUAAUGGACAAGCUGCUCCACAGUCUCCUCCCGAUGAUGCUCCAUGUGGGCAGAGGUGGGUGACCUUAGAGGAAGUGAAAAGCUUGGCAAUGUCUGGUGACCUCCAAGGAAGAGAACCCGUUGAACUCAUGGAGGCCAUUGAGAAAGGAAAGGAAUAUCCAUUGUCAUUGCUCAAUGAAAGGAGCUUACUUCAGCUUUCUUAUAGUAGAGAGAGUGGUACACAUCAACAUUCUGGGACAAUGUCUGCAUUCAAGCACAUGUUAGAAGCUGUCAAGUUUGGCCCAGAAGAGCAGAGCUACCUGCUUGCUGUGUAUUGGGAGCGGUGUUCCCCUUGCCAGACGAUGAGCCAAGCUGUCUUCACGGAGUAUAUGUGUGAGAAGGGACUUCCAUCGGUCUCGUGUCCACAUCUGUUCAGGGCUUUUGAUUCUAAGAGACAAGGGUACCUUGACCCAGAGGACUUCAUCAACGGUCUUGCGGCUAUGCAACCCUCAGCGCCUCAUGGAGGUCUUCCUGCAGAAUUAAGAUGUCGUUAUAUCUUCAGAUACUAUGACCAAAACAAGGAUGGAAAGAUGGAGUUCUCAGGUUUCAAACAGAUGGUUUCUGAUAUAAGAAAAAUCAAAGGUCAGCCCAUUGACCCUAAGACGCUCCAGAAAGAAGCAGAGACUCUCGCAAAAGUUUUUGGGAGCGAGUGUAAAGUUUCACUCACACUAAUGGACUUCUUGAGUGCUGUAGGCCAGCUCAAGUUUCGAGGCACUUCAGCCCUGUUCCGACUUCCUCAGUCAAGUAUACCAGAUAAGUGGGGUGAUGCAAAUGAUGAGUCUCCUGAAUCUGGUGAGGAGUGUAGCAGUGAAAAGAGUCAAUCAACAAAGAGACAAAAGAGAACCCACAGUGUUACCAUGAGGUUUGGUAGCCAGCCAAGUGAUUCUUGUACAUCUGGUGAAAGUGAGAGCGAUUCUGUUGCCGCCAUCUUUAAAUCUCCAGAGAUCAAAAGGUCAAUAGGUCAAGAGUAUGAGCUUGCGACCCAUGCUGUCAAGGUCAAGAGAAGCGGGACCCUUGCAGAUGUCAGAACUCUGUGGGAAUUGGCGGAUACUGGAGCUGUAUCAAACAGUGUAGGUCCUCAUCUUGAUGGGGAUAAGAACAGAAUGCAGAGGAUUUCAUCAGUCGACUCAUUUAAUCAGAGAUCCCACCCCAAUGAGAUGCUUACAGGCCUACGUUACUUCGAGCGGUCCAUCAAAAGUAGUCCCGUCGUUGAUGGUGGUGGUGAUGGGGGGACCAAUGCGAGUGGGGCAUCCCCCGUCAAGGCCAAGGAUCACUUCAGUUGGGGGACAGUGGAGAUGCUCUCGCUUGCCAAGUGUCUGCUAGCUCUAUGCCGGGAAGCUCAGAGAGUAUUAGCCAAUGAAUCAAGAUUGAUUAAACUCAGUGCACCAACGUAUAUAUUAGGUGAUCUCCAUGGUAACUACCAUGAUCUGGUCUGUUUUGAGAAGGCUCUGUGGAGGAUGGGGCCGCUACUGACCCCCUGUUCCUUCCUCUUCCUUGGUGACUAUGUAGACAGGGGAGAACAUGGUGUCGAGGUAAUAGCAUAUCUAUUUUCUCAGAAGAUUCUUGCCCCGGAUAAGUUCUUCAUGAUUCGCGGAAACCACGAGUUGAGACCUGUUCAGAAGAUGUUCCAUUUCGAAGCAGAAUGUACCCAGAAAUUUGGGGCUACCAUAGGUCAGCAGGUAUGGGAGGCAGUCAACUGUUGCUUUGAUGCCAUGCCUAUUGCUGCUGUAGUUGAUAAUAAGAUAUUUUGUACACACGGAGGAGUACCAAACUCUGAGGGCGGUGUUUGUACGUUAGCUGAAAUCAACAAGAUACCGGUCCCUCUGAAAGAUCCCGAGACAGAGAGUCAGCUGGCCUGGGAACUCAUGUGGAAUGAUCCUCUCAAGAGGGACUUCUUGGAUGAGGAUCAGAUGUCGGAGAUGAAAUCCAACAACGGCUUCGUCUUCAACAGCCGUCGCGGUACAGGUCACAUGUUCAGCUGUGAGGCUCUUGAGCGGUUCUUACAGGUUAACAACCUUUCUCAUGUGAUACGAGCACACGAAGUACAGCAGGCAGGGUUCCAGGUUCAACAGAAGGGCAAGCUGCUGACUGUUUUCUCUUCGUCACAUUACUGCGGGGGAUCGAAUGAAGCAGCAUGCAUCCUGGCUGAUAGGCAAAAAUUAAGAACGAUAAGACUCGAUACAUCAUGAGACAUUCCAUUGACUAAAUGAAGUCAGAUUAAAUUGGAUGACGAUCCCUCAUGAUGUCAGAUUGAAAUGCAUGGCGCUUCAAAGAAGAUUUGAUUUCUAUUCUGUUGAAGUCAUGCAAAGAGUAAAUUUGAAAUGGAUGGCCUUGAUACCCAAUGGGAGACACAAAUUGAAAUGUUGCAUGGUUCUUUGUUCUAAGGCCGUGUCCAUUGCCUAUGAAACUGGAUUCUUUUCUCAGGAUGCAAGCAAUUGAGCCUGGUAAGUGCAAAUAUUGACAGCCCCAGGGUUUGUACGUAUAGAAAUUAUAGAAUGUCACCUUGGCGUGCCAUCUGGGUUUACUAGUUGUGAAUAUGAAGCUCUAUUGCGAGGUUACACCUGAAUGUUUUCAAGAUAGGUGUUGGAAGUCUUGCGCCUGAUGAGCACGAAUUUUGAUGGCCAGAUGUUAUAAGAUACAAAUAUUAUGACGUUAUUGUUACCUGUUUUCUUGGUUGGUUACUUAUUCAGAAAAUGAAGCUCUAGUGUAGGAUUUAAUAUGAAUAUUCUCAAGAGGGGUGCUAGAUUCUAGGGAUAUUCAUUGGUUUGAUCAUGGUGCAAUAUUGCUUGAAACCAUUAGUCUUGACAGCAUGGACCACAUACUGUUGAAAUACAAAUUUUGAUGCUGUUUUGAGUGCAUUGGGUGAUUUUAUUUGUCGGUACUGGUGGUGGUGUUAAAAGCACAAUUUAGAUUGUCUUUCAUAGCUCCAAAACGUACUUUUGAGUUUACAGAAAUCAGCAAAUAACAUUAUUGACAGCUCAAGACAUCACAAGGUUCAUUCCAGUACCAACUUCGUUUUAAAUCUUGCGCUAUGCUGACCUAAAAACCAACAAAACACCAAGACUUGAGGUCAACACCAGAUUUGAAACCAUCCUCAAGGAAAAGUACUGUUACAUAUGGCCUAGAUAGGAUUUGAUUAUUUGAUAUUUACCUUGUUAACCAUCUCUGGGGUAAAGCUGAGGAACUUUAUUUGUGACUUAUAAUUGUCAGAUACAUUUAAAUGCCUUUUCUAGGUAAUAUUAAUUUUUUUCAGUAACCCCACUUCCUCUCCCUUUUGUAAAAUUCAAGUUCUGAGCCAUAUUUUACAUGUAUGGUCGGUCUUUGAUAUUGGAUGGAGAGAUAUAGCUUGAUAAGCUUUAAUGAUAUGAAUUUGGUUUGGAAUGUCUUCAUUUAUAAGAGAAUCUGGACAUUUUAAAUAAUCCUCACAUUCUUUUUUUUUGAAAUCCUAUUUAUGAUUUUAAAAAAUGCAUGCUUUCUAUGUUUCUUUAAAAGAUUUUAUAUAAUUAUAACACUGAUGGAGUUCAAAUUUUGAUAGUUUUUGUUUUUGCGAACAAAAAUGAUGUGCAAUAUUCCUUAAACUAUUGUUUGUCUUAGUUAACGUGAUAUUUGAAUACACUCUAUGAGUUAUAUUAUUUAUGUUUAUUUGUUAAUCAAAGAAACUAUUUUCUUAUUAAGCCAAAGUGAUUGUUCUUUUACUGUGCAUGAAGUAUAUAUGCUUUGGUCUUGGUACAAUUCAUUUCAUCAAAUUUUUUUUUUCAUGGGAAAACAUGUUUCCAUUGUUUUAUCUGGAACAAGUAGUUUGCUGAUAAAAUACCUUGAUAAUCGAAGGCUUGAGUGUGUGAUAUGAUUAGAGUUUCAUCUUGUUAAAUAUCUGAAAUCCCUUUGUGAUGUUAAAUUUUGUAAAGCAAGUAAUGAAAAAAAAUCUCUAGAAAUAACAAUGCCUCUCCAGUACUGACUUGAAAUCCUCAAUAAUUAAUUGUGAUCUGAUGUGUGAACUGACACCUUUCCUGGUACUCUCAUGAAAGUGGACAGUAGAACUUGGCAAAAUAUUGCCCUCUUUUCAUCACUAGUUGUCAAGAGGGACACCUAGUAGAGGGCAAUAUGACGGAUAUUGCCUGCUCUCACUUUGGAGUCAACACAAAAUAUGAACUUUUAUUUUGCAGCUAAAAUGUCUUGUCUAGUUAUUAUAAUGCAUUUUGUAAUUUGUAUCUCAUAAUGACUUGUUUAAAGAUGUACAAAGUUUUUGAUACUGUUUAUACUGAAAUGACGAUAUAUACAUUUGUGAAUAAAUGAUUAGUGAAUGCCCUUUUAGUGCAAAUGAGUUGGGUUACAUGCAACCAAUGCAUUGACUAGAGUUUCGUUAUUACCCUUGGUAGCUACUUCAGUCGUAAGCUGUUCUCCCAGCGGGUCCUACAUAAUAUAAUCUCUUGUUAUACAGCGUAUAGUUUUUAUAUUAUAAAUAUAAAUGUUCACAAACAUAAAUGCAUAAAACUGCUUGGUCUAUAAGACUGUUUAGUAUCUCAAAAAUUUGGGAAUUCACUGUAUCAUAUUGUAAUGAAUUGAUAAUUUUUUGAGGUAGUCACAUAUUGCAUGCUGCAGUACACAUCCUAUUUGAAAGACCCCCUCCC